ACACACUGAUGAAGUAUUCAAAAUUUUCUUAGUUCAUUCUCCUAACCACCCUCUUUAAUUCUCUCCUCACCCAUUACUCUCAUUCUCUCUCUGUUGAAAUUUCAAAAUUUUCCUCCUCCCCACCACCACCUCCAUUAAAUACCCCACCCACACAUUCUCUUCACCUCCUCCUCCUCUCUAUCUCUAUUUCUCUCAAACACUACUAUGGCUUCUUCCAAUGGUACCAUCAUAGUUCUUCUUGUGAUCUUUUUACAAUCAUCUCUCACUGCUGCAGUUGACCUUAAUUUAUCUCCUCUCCUCUCUCCCUUCUUAGAAGAUGUAUGCAAAGAAAUUGGGUGUGGAAAAGGAAAAUGCGUAGCUUCCAUGAGUAGUACUAAUGAUCUACUUCAUCCAUUCAAAUGUGAAUGUGAACCUGGAUGGAAACAAACAAUUGGUGGUGGUAACAACACUGACCAUGAUUUUCUCCAGUUUCUGCCUUGUGUCAUCCCUAACUGUACAAUGGACUACUCAUGUAACGCAGCUGCUGAGCCUCCUAUGCCACAAUUAAGAGAACCUCCAUCAAAUGAAUCUUUAUUUGAUCCUUGCAACUGGGCAUAUUGUGGACACGGGUCGUGCAUCAAAUCGAAUGCAUUCGGGCACAAAUGUGAAUGCAUGGAGGGUUAUGAAAAUCUUCUAAAUGUCACUGCAUUCCCAUGUCUCAGAGAAUGUGCCAUUGGAAUGGACUGUCUGAAACUUGGAAUCGCAGCACCAAACAGAACCACAAAUUCAACGCCAAAUAUGCCUGACAGGAGUGGGAAUCAUGCUAGCACAAUUUUACAGGGGAAGUUUCUUUCAUUGGUGAUCUUUGUGGUAACCAUUAUGAUGGUUCCAUGGAAAUAGUACAGUGAUGUGGCGAAUGACAAGGACUUGAAGAAAGUGAGAUUCAGAUGCAAGUUUGAGGUUCCAAAACCACUUUUCUUGCAGAUUUUAUUUAUUUUUCACAUAUAGCUAGAAGAAAGUGGAUUUCAGAUGCUUCAUCUAUUAGAUUCUUAUGUUCUUUUAGUUUAUACGGAUAAUUUAUGUCCGUCAGGGUUUGGAUGUGAUGGUUAUGUUGAGUAUUCAAAUAUAUGAGGUUUGGAGAUGUAUAUAACAGUACGUAGAACUUUGUUAAGAGAUACCAACUAGUUUUAUUAAUUUUUGAAAUGUUCUAUUCUUGUUCUUCC